AUGGUUGGAGGGUCACUUCCAACCCGCUUCUAUCUCGUGCACUUUCGCUCCGCCCAGCUCGCCCAAUCCCCUCCCUUCCGCUGCUUCUGGCACGCCUUUCCCAUCGGCAGCGGCUUCAUAAUCAACCAGGACGACCAGAACACAUUCACAGCACAUUAUCUUCUCCCUCCCUCCGACCCAGGAGCAUCUGAAGCUAUAGACCCCCGCGACAUCGUCUACAAAACCUUAGGCGGCUAUGCCGGCGCUCAUCAGAUCACCAUCGACUCGUUCCUCGUCCACGGCCGCUGGCAGCCCAGCUUUGGGAUCACAGCAGCUACAUCUCGAGUGGCGGACGUGUUCUCCUGGCAGGCGACGCAGUGCACUGGACACCACCGCCGGGCGGAUACGGAAUGA